CACAGAACGUCGUCGGGCUGUAAGACCGGGAGAAGAUUCAUGGUUUCCAUUCUGACAGCAGAAAGAUAAUAUUCUCUGACACAACAUGCUUUUCAGCAGCACUGAAUUUACUGGAACCAUAACCAGUGGUGCGUGACGUCUCCUUCUACUUCAGCUGAAGUUAUUUUGAAGAGUACAAGUCACAGAAGGAAUGGCCUCAUGUCUGAAAACCUUGACCAUCCUUGUCCUUGUAGUGACUGUGCUUAUUUUGGAAACAAGGAACCAUAACUUUCAGUUUUACUUUCCUGCCCUGGGUUAUUUGGUAGAGGAAGGAGAACACGUUCUUCCUCAUAUACGGCAGGAAAGAAGUGUGCUUUCAGACCCCAAUAUUUACUCAGCAAACAUUUUACUAAAUGCAUCAAAUGUGGAAACCUAUGAGCAGCUGCUGUCAACCCUGAACGUCACCAGUUAUCCUCUCCAGCUUGAUAACACCACAGAGAUCCAAAAUAUCACUGUUACCACAGUGUGUGUCUCCACUGAAACUGGUUUCCGGUGUGAGUGUGAAGAGCAGUUUGCCUGGCCGUACAGAACCUGCAUCACAUAUGGAGCUUGUGAUUCCGUAUCCAGCGGCGUCUGUAAAUGCGUCUCAGCGAUCCCAGCUGACGGCUCUUCCUGUCAGCUGAUCUCAGAGCUGCUGGUUCAAACUGAAUAUGUGAUCGAUCUGGAGCUGAAUCUAACAGACACUGCAACAGUGGACUUCCUGAGACGCCUCCUGAGCAACGGCAGCAAUUUUCUAACCCUGAGUCCAACAGUGAAUGUCACACAGCUUGACGUCUCUACAGUUUGUUCUCCAAUCAGUGGUGAUUACCAGUGCAGAUGUGAGGAUCAGUAUCGUUGGCCAUGUGACCAAUGUGUAACAUAUGGAUCAUGUGACAACAUCACUGGUGACACAUGUGGAUGCAUCAGUGGCAUUCCUGCUGAUGGACAGUACUGCCAGGCUGAGGAUCAAUAUAACUUUACAUCAUGUCCUGCUUCAACACGCGCUCCAGAGCUGCUGGUUCAAACUGAAUAUGUGAUCGAUCUGGAGCUGAAUCUAACAGACACUGCAACAGUGGACUUCCUGAGACGCCUCCUGAGCAAUGGCAGCAAUUUUCUAACCCUGAGUCCAACAGUGAAUGUCACACAGCUUGACGUCUCUACAGUUUGUUCUCCAAUCAGUGGUGAUUACCAGUGCAGAUGUGAGGAUCAGUAUCGUUGGCCAUGUGACCAAUGUGUAACAUAUGGAUCAUGUGACAACAUCACUGGAGACACAUGUGGAUGCAUCAGUGGCAUUCCUGCUGAUGGACAGUACUGCCAGGCUGAGGAUCAAUACAACUUCACAGCAUGUCUGACUACUACACCUUUAACACCAACAACUCCUCCAGUCAUCUAUCAGUACAUGCUUUAUGUGGAGCUGAACUCCACAGAUGUUACAGCUGUAGAAAAGCUGAGGAACAUCAACAACACCAUCAGCAUCAACAGGAACUUCCGGAUCUCCGAUGUUAACAUUACUACAGUCUGCUCUCCAAUCAGUGGUGAUUACCAGUGCAGAUGUGAGGAUCAGUAUCGAUGGCCAUGUGACCAAUGUGUAACAUAUGGAUCAUGUGACAACAUCACUGGUGACACAUGUGGAUGCAUCAGUGGCAUUCCUGCUGAUGGACAGUACUGCCAGGCUGUGGAUCAAUACAACUUUACAUCAUGUCCGGCUCCAACACUUAUUCCAUCUCCUCACCCUCUGUAUGAAUAUGUGAUAGACAUCGAGCUGAAGGCUGCAGAUGAUGACGUUGUAGCAGAGCUGAGAAACAUCACCUACCCAGUCAGCAUCAACAGCAACAUACAGAUCUCUGAUGUUAACAUCUCCACAGUCUGCUCUCCAAUCAGUGGUGAUUACCAGUGCAGAUGUGAGGAUCAGUAUCGUUGGCCAUGUGACAAAUGUGUAACAUAUGGAUCAUGUGACAACAUCACUGGUGACACAUGUGGAUGCAUCAGUGGCAUUCCUGCUGAUGGACAGUACUGCCAGGCUGAGGAUCAAUACAACUUUACUGCAUGUCCAAUCACCACAACAACUCCACAACCAACAAGUCCUCCAUUCUUCCAUCAGUACCUGCUUUCCAUUGAGCUGAACUCCACAGAUGUUACAGCCGUAGAAAAGCUGAGGAACAUCAACAACACCAUCAGCAUCAACAGGAACUUCCGGAUCUCCGAUGUUAACAUUACUACAGUCUGCUCUACAAUCAGUGGUGAUUACCAGUGCAGAUGUGAGGAUCAGUAUCGUUGGCCAUGUGACCAAUGUGUAACAUAUGGAUCAUGUGACAACAUCACUGGUGACACAUGUGGAUGCAUCAAUGGCAUUCCUGCUGAUGGACAGUACUGCCAGGCUGUGGAUCAAUACAACUUUACUGCAUGUCCAAUCACCACAACAACUCCACAACCAACAAGUCCACCAUUCUUCCAUCAGUACCUGCUUUCCAUUGAGCUGAACUCCACAGAUGUUACAUCCGUAGAAAAGCUGAGGAACAUCAACAACACCAUCAGCAUCAACAGGAACUUCCGGAUCUCCGAUGUUAACAUUACUACAGUCUGCUCUCCAAUCAGUGGUGGUUACCAGUGCAGAUGUGAGGAUCAGUAUCGUUGGCCAUGUGACCAAUGUGUAACAUAUGGAUCAUGUGACAACAUCACUGGAGACACAUGUGGAUGCGUCAAUGGCAUUCCUGCUGAUGGACAGUACUGCCAGGCUGUGGAUCAAUACAACUUUACUGCAUGUCCAAUCACCACAACAACUCCACAACCAACAAGUCCACCAUUCUUCCAUCAGUACCUGCUUUCCAUUGAGCUGAACUCCACAGAUGUUACAUCCGUAGAAAAGCUCAGGAACAUCAACAACAGCAUCAGCAUCAACAGGAACUUCCGGAUCUCCGAUGUUAACAUUACUACAGUCUGCUCUCCAAUCAGUGGUGAUUACCAGUGCAGAUGUGAGGAUCAGUAUCGUUGGCCAUGUGACCAAUGUGUAACAUAUGGGUCAUGUGACAACAUCACUGGUGACACAUGUGGAUGCAUCAGUGGCAUUCCUGCUGAUGGACAGUACUGCCAGGCUGAGGAUCAAUACAACUUUACUGCAUGUCCAAUCACCACAACAACUCCACAACCAACAAGUCCACCAUUCUUCCAUCAGUACCUGCUUUCCAUUGAGCUGAACUCCACAGAUGUUACAGCCGUAGAAAAGCUGAGGAACAUCAACAACAGCAUCAGCAUCAACAGGAACUUCCGGAUCUCCGAUGUUAACAUUACUACAGUCUGCUCUCCAAUCAGUGGUGAUUACCAGUGCAGAUGUGAGGAUCAGUAUCGUUGGCCAUGUGACCAAUGUGUAACAUAUGGAUCAUGUGACAACAUCACUGGUGACACAUGUGGAUGCAUCAGUGGAAUUCCUGCUGAUGGACAGUACUGCCAGGCUGAGGAUCAAUACAACUUUACUGCAUGUCCAAUCACCACAACAACUCCACAACCAACAAGUCCACCAGUCUUCCAUCAGUACCUGCUUUCCAUUGAGCUGAACUCCACAGAUGUUACAGCCGUAGAAAAGCUGAGGAACAUCAACAACACCAUCAGCAUCAACAGGAACUUCCGGAUCUCCGAUGUUAACAUUACUACAGUCUGCUCUCCAAUCAGUGGUGAUUACCAGUGCAGAUGUGAGGAUCAGUAUCGUUGGCCAUGUGACCAAUGUGUAACAUAUGGAUCAUGUGACAACAUCACUGGUGACACAUGUGGAUGCAUCAAUGGCAUUCCUGCUGAUGGACAGUACUGCCAGGCUGUGGAUCAAUACAACUUUACUGCAUGUCCAAUCACCACAACAACUCCACAACCAACAAGUCCACCAGUCUUCCAUCAGUACCUGCUUUCCAUUGAGCUGAACUCCACAGAUGUUACAUCCGUAGAAAAGCUGAGGAACAUCAACAACACCAUCAGCAUCAACAGGAACUUCCGGAUCUCCGAUGUUAACAUUACUACAGUCUGCUCUCCAAUCAGUGGUGAUUACCAGUGCAGAUGUGAGGAUCAGUAUCGAUGGCCAUGUGACCAAUGUGUAACAUAUGGAUCAUGUGACAACAUCACUGGAGACACAUGUGGAUGCAUCAGUGGCAUUCCUGCUGAUGGACAGUACUGCCAGGCUGAGGAUCAAUACAACUUUACUGCAUGUCCAAUCACCACAACAACUCCACAACCAACAAGUCCACCAUUCUUCCAUCAACUUUACAGCAUGCCCUCGAACAUCAACAACAGUGAUGCCAUCAACUGCAACAACAACAAUAAUUACUACAACACCAGGUACGACGAUGCUGAACACUACAACACCAGGAACGACGAUGCCGAACACUACAACACCAGGAACGACGAUGCCGAACACUACAACACCAGGAACGACGAUGCCGAACACUACAACACCAGGAACGACGAUGCCAAACACUACAACACCCGAAACGAUGAUGCCAAACACUACAACACCCGAAACGAUGAUGCCAAACACUACAACACCAGGAACGACAAUGCCAAACACUACAACACCAGGAACGACGAUGCCGAACACUACAACACCAGGAACGACGAUGCCGAACACUACAACACCAGGAACGACGAUGCCAAACACUACAACACCCGAAACGAUGAUGCCAAACACUACAACACCAGGAACGACAAUGCCAAACACUACAACACCAGGAACGACGAUGCCGAACACUACAACACCAGGAACGACGAUGCUGAACACUACAACACCAGGAACGACAAUGCCAAACACUACAACACCAGGAACGACGAUGCCGAACACUACAACACCAGGAACGACGAUGCUGAACACUACAACACCAGGAACGACGAUGCCGGACACUACAACACCAGGAACGACGAUGCCGAACACUACAACACCAGGAACGACGAUGCUGAACACUACAACACCAGGAACCACGAUGCCGAACACUACAACACCAGGAACGACGAUGCCAAACACUACAACACCAGGAACGACGAUGCCGGACACUACAACACCAGGAACGACGAUGCCAGACACUACAACACCAGGAACAACGAUGCCGGACACUACAACACCAGUAACGAUGAUGCUGAACACUACAACACCCGAAACAACUAUGGCAAAUACAACAACACCAGGAACGACAAUGCCGAACACUACAACACCAGGAACGACAAUGCUGAACACUACAACACCCGGACCAACUAUGGCGAAUACAACAUCACCAAGAACGACAAUGCCGAACACUACAACACCAGGAACGACGAUGCCAACACUACAACACCAGGAACGACGAUGCUGAACACUACAACACCAGGAACCACGAUGCCGAACACUACAACACCAGGAACGACGAUGCCAAACACUACAACACCAGGAACGACGAUGCCGAACACUACAACACCAGGAACGACGAUGCCAAACACUACAACACCAGGAACGACGAUGCUGAACACUACAACACCCGGACCAACUAUGGCGAAUACAACAUCACCAGGAACGACAAUGCCGAACACUACAACACCAGGAACGACGAUGCCAAACACUACAACACCAGGAACGACGAUGCCAAACACUACAACACCAGGAACGACAAUGCCGGACACUACAACACCAGGAACAACGAUGCCGGACACUACAACACCAGGAACAACGAUGCCGGACACUACAACACCAGGAACGACGAUGCUGAACACUACAACACCCGAAACAACUAUGGCAAAUACAACAACACCAGGAACGACAAUGCCGAACACUACAACACCAGGAACGACAAUGCCGAACACUACAACACCCGGAACGACUAUGCUGAAUACUACUACACCCGGAAUGACUAUGCCGAACACUACUACACCCGGAACAACUAUGGCGAAUACAACACCAGGAACAACUAUGCUGAAUACUACUACACCCGGAACAACUAUGGCGAAUACAACACCAGGAACAACUAUGCUGAAUACUACUACACCCGGAACAACUAUGGCGAAUACAACACCAGGAACAACUAUGCCGAACACUACAACACCAGGAACGACAAUGCCGAACACUACAACACCCGGAACGACUAUGCUGAAUACUACUACACCCGGAACGACUAUGUUGAAUACUACUAUACCCGGAACAACUAUGGCGAAUACAACAACACCAGGAACGACAAUGCCGAACACUACAACACCCGGAACGACCAUGCUGAAUACUACUACACCCGGAACAACUAUGGCGAAUACAACAACACCAGGAACGACAAUGCCGAACACUACAACACCCGGAACGACUAUGCUGAAUACUACUACACCCGGAACGACUAUGGCGAAUACAACACCAGGAACAACUAUGCUGAAUACUACUACACCUGGAAGGACUAUGUUGAAUACUACUAUACCCGGAACAACUAUGGCGAAUACAACAACACCCGGAACGACUAUGCUGAAUACUACUACACCCGGAACAACUAUGGCGAAUACAACAACACCAGGAACGACAAUGCCGAACACUACUACACCCAGAACGACUAUGCCGAACACUACAACACCCGGAACAACUAUGGCGAAUACAACACCAGGAACGACUAUGCUGAAUACUACUACACCCGGAACGACUAUGUUGAAUACUACUAUACCCGGAACAACUAUGGCGAAUACAACAACACCAGGAACGACAAUGCCGAACACUACAACACCCGGAACGACUAUGCUGAAUACUACUACACCCGGAACGACUAUGCCGAACACUACAACACCCGGAACAACUAUGGCGAAUACAACAACACCCGGAACGACUAUGCCUAAUACAACAACAUCUGGAACGAUGAUGCCGAACACAACAACACCAGGAACGACAAUAGGUACAAGCAUGAUGCCACAAAACACAACAAUGACUCCAACCACUCCGGUCCUGUCAACUGCUCUCACGACAACAACCAGUACUACAAUUAUCGCUCCUGCAACUAAUGCCACAACUAACCCUACCAUCCUCAUUACUACUAUCCGUAUUACAAAUCAUACCACAGCUGUUCUUACCACACACCAGACGAAAACUACCCCAUUUAUCCCUACUCGUCCAAUAAACAUGACUACUGCCAUUACAAAACCACAAAGUACUUCUGCUCAGCCCAAUACACCUGCUAUCACUGUCCCUACUACCACAAUUGCUUCACCUACCGUCCCGACCACCACUGUCACCUUACCUCCUUCACCCACACCAACAGGAACAGUCCUUGAAAUUAAAAGGUCAAUCAGAUUAGAUAAGCCUUUUAUAGAGGACUAUAAGAAUAAGAGCAGUCGUGCAUACAUAGAUUUAAAAGAACAAUUUGAGGGACUGCUUUCACAACAAUAUAACAUCAAAAUUGGAGUCAUUGCUGCUUUUGUGACUAACAUCAGAGAAGGAAGUGUUAUUGUAGACUUUACUGUCAGGACAUCUGAAUAUAACACUCAGAUGGCUGAGGCAAAUAAUGAACUGAUUAAAGCCAUCGGAAAAGAAAUUGCUCCUGUUCUUGAUGGAAAAGUUACAGAAGUCCAAAGCGACACACCAAUGACCUUACAACCUGAUGUCAUCUAUACUGAUGAAACCAUGACACUGACAUGUGCCCCCCCUGGUUUUGAUUUGAAAGUCAAUUUUAGUGUUACAUGGAAAUUUAAAGGAUUGGUACUUUCCCCAUCACAGAGACAUAAAAUUUCUUCUAUACAUCCAUUCACACUGGAAAUUGCCCAAGUGAUUCCUUCUGAUGCAGGGACUUAUGAAUGUACAUCAAAAGGAAAAGAUAUUAUUGUCUAUCAGAACAGGAAUGUGUUGUCUAGCAACAUCAGAUCAGCUCCCGUUAUCAGUGUCAGUCGUACAGUACUUUCUCAAUGUGACCAAGGGAAGAGUGUACCACUAACGUGCUGUGUCCAGUCUCCUUUCAAACUCAAAUGGUAUGAAGGAAAUACAGAAUUACAAUCAGAUCGAACCUCAAACUGCAUCACUUAUCAGUAUAUUAUGGGACAAUGCACUGAAGAAAAGAAAGCAACAUUCAUCUGUCAAGUUGACGAUCCGAAGGAUUAUAAAAAAGAAACAUUUCUGACGGUUUUUCUAGGGCCUAUUAUCUGCAAUGAUGCUGAGUAUGGAGAAGGAAGAGUAAAUGACAGGAAGGAAAGAAACUGUGUAGAAGGUCAAACAGGAGCCAAGACUGCAGUUUGUUUGGCUUCAGGAACCUGGGAACUAAGGAAAGACACCUGCAUUGUAACUGUAAUCAAAGAUUUGCUAACUGAGUCAUUGGAUCUGAAAAAAGAAGAAGUUCCAGAAUUUACAGGGAACUUGACUAAAGCUGUCAACGAGAAAGUACAACAAGUCACUCAAUCACCUGCAACAAUCUCUGCCAUUGUCGAUAUAUUAAAUACCAUUGGAAGCGUUUCAAACAAUAUAGAAAAAGAUGUCAUGAAGAAUGUAUUGGAAACUGUUGAUGUCAUCAUUAGUGACGAUGCAAAGGAAUCUUGGAGCUUUCUGAAUAAAAAUGAAACCCAAAAUUCCAGCUCACGAUUGCUGUUUUCAAUGGAGACACUUUCAGAAAGACUGAAUGGUUCAUUUACAAUAAAUACUCAACGGAUUCAGCUCAAGAGAACCAAAUUUACAAACCCAUUCAAUGAAGAACUGAACUCCACAAUCACCAUAGCAAUUCCAGAAACGGGUUUUGACAAUACAUUUAUCACCACUAUUCUUUUCUCCUCCUUGAAUAAUGUUAUGCCACCACGGACCCCUGAAUUUAACCUGAGCCUUUUUAAUGAAACCAGCAAUGAAACUUACCCCGAGAAUGUCAUCAAUGGUGCUGUUCUGCUUGUCAAAGUAAAUGAAGUGAUUAACAAUGUCACUCUGAGCUAUCAAAAGCUCAAUACCACUCUGGAACUGAACCCUCAGUGCGUUUUCUGGAAUUUUACUCUCUUUGAUAAUCUUGGCGCAUGGGAUGACCAGGGCUGUGAGUUUGUUUCUGAUAUAAACGACACUGUAACCUGCACCUGCAACCAUCUCACAUCGUUCUCAAUUCUUAUGUCAACUGACAUCCCUGAAGAACUAAGACUAUUACUGGACAUAAUGACAUAUAUCGGUGUUGGAAUAUCAAUGAUCAGCUUAAUUAUUUGUCUCAUCAUUGAAGGAAUCGUAUGGCGACCCCUUACUAAAAACAGCACUGCCUUUAUGCGCCAUGUUGCCAUUGUUAACACAGCCCUGUCCUUGCUGAUUGCUGACAUCUGUUUCAUCAUUGGGGCCGCCAUUGCAAAGAACCCCAAAGAAAACCCAGGCGAGGACUACAAAGUUCCAGUUGGACCAUGCAGUGCAGCAACCUUCUUCAUGCACUUUUUCUAUCUCGCCAUGUUCUUUUGGAUGCUUGACUCAAGCCUGCUGCUCUUGUACCGGUCAGUCAUGGUCUUCUCCCAAAUGUCCAAAUGGACGAUGUUCGCCAUUGGCUUGACUGUUGGAUACGUUUGCCCUCUGAUAAUAGCUGUUACUACAGUUGCUGCCACUGCACCUGGGGGUGGAUAUGUAAGGGAAGAUCAAGCUUGUUGGCUAAACUGGACAAAGACCAAGGCUCUCCUGGCCUUAGUGAUCCCUGCCUUGGCAAUAGUUGUGUUCAAUAUUUUGGUCAUUCUGGUGGUUUUGUACAAGAUGCUCAGAAGAAGAAACACAAACCAGGCAGAUGAGAAAAAUGCCCUGCUCGUCAUUCUAAGAUGUGUGGCUAUCUUGACUCCAUUAUUCGGACUGACCUGGUGUUUGGGAAUUGGAACCAUGGUGGACCCAACAAAUGGAGGGAUCCAUGUUGCCUUUGCUUUCUUCAACUCCUUACAGGGUUUCUUUAUUUUGGUGUUUGGGACUCUGUUUGAUUCCAAGAUCCGUUCCUUGAUUUUAAGGAAUGUACCAGCUCUAAGCACGACCUCUAAUCGAACAAGAAGCACCAGUGGUGGAACUUCAGCUCUGAGUAGCGUUUUUGGUCGACUUCGCAGAGGAAGGAAUGGUUACAAUGUUUCGCAGGUUGGAAACUCAAACACCAGCAGUAGUGGAUCAGAGUCAUUUGCCAACACCUGAUUCUGUACAAAUAAUCUGUUCACUUGUAAAGCUGAAAUGUAUCUUAUCUUUCAGUUAUUUUUAUUCAAUCACAUAUGCAGGUAUGAUAUCUUGAAUGUGAGGUUCAGUGGCAAUAAUUUGUGAAGGAAACUGUGCAAUAGCAUUUUAAUGAACUUCUACGUCUUUAUAUAACGCUGCUGUUUAUUUUAAUUAGAAGUGUAAAAUCACAGAGUUAUGGUUUGUAUGUGCAAUUCAAAGAGCAACAUAAAGGGAAAAACCUCCAAAAUAAGAUGAUUAUAAAAGAGUUAGUUGUGAAAUAUAUUUACUAUUCUGUGACAUCACAGGAAUAUCAGUGUUUUAAAAUAUUUAUGUGCAGACAUAAAUGGAGUCUUCAAAGCAAAGAGAUCUAUGUAUCUUCUUUCAGGAGUAAUGGGUCAAAGUUCUAGCAAACUCUUACUGGAAGAUUGUGAAAGAAAAUCCAAAACACUUGACUCAAAAAAAAAGCUACCUAAUACCAUGGAAAUACACAGAACAAACAUUUUAACAUAAGGAUUUCAUGAACAUUUGGGUUCCGCAACAUAUAGAGAAAUUCACUGUAUAUUUUUAGUAAUUAGUGAUCUUCGUAUCAGCGUUAACAACAUCUUGGUCUGGCAUCUUGUGGCAGAUUGACAGUCUUUUGAACAUGAUCAGUUUGAGGAAUUUGAUUUUGACCCAGUUGGUUUCUCAUAGGCAGUUAUGGACAGUCUGAGGUGUGAUGUUGUGCAGACCAAUAGUCUCAUGAGCUGCAUUUCGCUGGGCUUAGCGCAUUCUGCAGUUUGACAAGCCGGAUGUGCCAAUCUGGAGUGGUCACACAUGACCGACAAGGAUGUGGUGGAUUUACAGUCGUGCCAUUCUGUUGGAAACGAACUCUUAAACGGCCAGAAGUCCGAUAGUGGACAUUGAGCCAUGUGGCUACUGCUCUGCUGGACAUCCCUGCAUCCAACAUGUCAAUGGCAUGCUAGUAAAUGAUGUGUGACAUCUGAAGCAUUAUGAUUUGUGACAAAAUUCAACAUGUUGUGGUGGUCUUUUAUUAUCGACAGUCCAAAGAUUGUCCAGUUGCUGCUCAUUUUCUCUGAUCACUCACCUGACAUGCCCCACCCAUGCAUUGAGUUAAAACACAACUCACUGAGUAAUGCUCACUGACAACAAGUUGAAUUAAAAAUUAUUCACAAAUCAAGAGAAAUAUUACUUUUUCACAAUAUAAUGUCAGCAAUGGCUCAUUUAAAUUUAACUCCACAAGGCAACAACAUUGGCUAUGGGGCCUCAGUAUACUGUAUAUGUAAACUUGUGACUUUGAAAAAAGAAAUAA